GGGUUGGCAGCUACAGGCUCUUCCAGAAGUCAGGCCCUUUAUUCCAGGGACUAGGGGGAGCCCCACUCUGACUGACCCCCAGCAUGAGAAGUCAUCCACUUGAUGUGAAAGUAAGUCUCUGAAAGGGACUCAGAACCCUUCAUACCCCGUUGGCUUUGCCACCAAGCGCAGUCAUUCCCUUGUCCCUCAGAAUCUCCUCCCCAACGCCUCUUCUCAGCAGCGGAUGAAAGAGACAGGCACAGCUGAGUUUAGUAGCUUUCAGGCUGGGGUGGCAAGGCCCUGAAAAGGGCAGUGUCCCGCUCAAGGUCACACAGCAAAGAAGAGAACCAGGCGGCCACAACUCAGCUCAGUCUCGAGCCCUCUCUCCCCAGCUGCAUGCAAGCCACGCACUCCACCAGCUCCUGGGCUUUCCUCUGCACCUCACUUCCCCAGCCCCAGGCCUUAGGCAGCUCUUGGACAGAAAGGAGGCAGAAAGCUGCAGACACUGCUCUCUGAGGACCACACCUCAGAGAAGGGCUGAUCUCCCAGGUGGGGUUGCUCUGAGGCUUCUGGCAGGGAGGCAGGCCUGAAAACUGAUCUCCAAGAGGGCGUGGCCCCAGAAUGCCGGCAAAUAAAAAUCCAGAGAGCCGGCCCCGGCUGGAGACCAGUGGAAGGCCAGAGGAGCAGCUCCGCAAGCCUCUCGGUUUCUAGGCCUUGGAAGUGAUGCCCAUGGCGUCCCCCCGAACGCUGCUCCUUUGCCUGCUGGUCCUGGCGGUCACUGGAGGCUGGGGUCGGCAGGUGGCCAGCCCAGGCUGCCACUUGCACCCCUUCAAUGUGACAGUGCGAAGUGACCGCCAAGGCACCUGCCAGGGCUCCCAUGUGGCCCAGGCUUGUGUGGGCCACUGCGAGUCUAGUGCCUUCCCUUCCCGGUACUCCGUGCUGGUGGCCAGUGGCUACCGACACAACAUCACCUCCGUUUCUCGGUGCUGCACCAUCAGUGGCCUGAGGAAGGUGAAGGUGCAGCUGCAGUGCUGGGGGGACCGGAGGGAGGAGCUGGCGAUCUUCACUGCCAGGGCCUGCCAGUGUGACAUGUGUCGCCUCUCCCGCUACUAGCCCAUCUUUCCCCUGUCCCCGUGGUCAGAGGGCUUGAGCUGGGGCUUAUUCUGUAUAUCCUGAGCCUCCCUGAGGACAGCAGCUCCACCCCUUAAAGCCGUGGUGGUUGCCUCCCGAGAAGGGGGACAUUUCUACCUCUGCUGGGCCUCCUAACCAGCUUUCACCAUUUCCCUUUGCUCCUUGUCCCUACCCAUAAAUAAAACAAGCAUUUCUCAA